AUGGACUCCCCUACACCGCAUGGAGUGGGAUAUAUUCUCUCUAUGCGUGUGGGAUCGAGCCAUCUUUUAGGCGCUUUAGGUAUGACUCCAAUUUAUAUCUCGCUUUGGCCAUUUAAGCAUGAAUUAGUCGAGUGGGCAGUCAACUUCUUCACUCCACUGUUCGCUUAUUUCUUAUUUCCUCGGAUCAUCUACCCGGUGAGAUGGAUCCUGACGACAGUCAACUUUCCAUGGUCAAUGUAUACUCAGGUUACAAACCAGGAAUCAGUUUACUGUCGUGCAGCUGCUGCUCAAGCAGGUAUUUUCGAGUCUAUUUUGAAAUCCUGUAGGAAAGUAGCCGAGGUCAAGGGGUUAUCUGAUGAUCAGUUGUUGAGUCGAUUCCCAUUGGGAAGACUGGGCUUUAAGGAUGACGGGUCUGGUAAGCUAAGGUAUCUCCCGAACGCAUUCAAGCAAGCUCUUAUGCGUCCGGCCCAUGAUUGGUGUAUGGCCGUUUUAGGGCGUAUACCCAUGGCCUAA